CAGCUGUUAUCGACGUCACUAUCUAACGGAGACAGGGACCGUCAAAGCUCGGGUACCGCUAUAUACACGGGAAGGGUAGGACCCCUUUUCAUCCAGAUAAACCGAGCCAGCCCAGGAUACAGAGGUACGUAAAUCAUGGGACAUUGUGCAGGACAGGUCGACGACAGCAGCCACAGAGGAAACAGCUCCAUUGCUCGGGUGGAACAGGGGAUUUAAUCGCUGACGGGUUACGGUUACAACCCUCCUCUUUCUCCAUCUCCUCCAUUUUGGUUGUCAGUGAUGGAGCACAUCCGGACGCCCAAGGUGGAAAAUGUGCGUCUCAUUGACCGGUCAUCGGGCCAGAGGAAGGCCAGCACUGGGACUCUCUACCUUUCUGCCACACACACCAUCUUUGUAGAGAACAACCCUGAGACACGCAAGGAGACAUGGGUGUUGCACAGCAUGGUGAGCAGUGUGGAGAGGCCGCCCACGAUCCCUGCAGGUAGUCAGCUGAUCCUGCGCUGUAAAAACUUCCGGGUCUACCAGAUCCUGAUUCCACAGGAGAGAGACUGCAUGGACGUCUACUCCUCAUUGGUCAGAUUGUCUCGACCAGAGAAGUACAGCGAGCUGUACUGUCUGUCCUUUAAUCCCAAUGUGAACAAAGAGGAGAGAGAGGAGUCGUGGAACUUCAUAGACGUCAUGGCUGACUACAAGAGGAUGGGAGUUCCUAAUAACCUUUGGGUCCAUACAGCAGCUAACAGUGAAUACAGGGUGUGUGACACUUACCCAUCAGAGCUGUUUGUUCCAAAGUCAGCUACACCUGCCAUCCUCGUGGGCAGCUCGAGGUUCAGGAGUCGAGGACGAUUUCCUGCUCUGUCCUACUUCCACCAGGACACACUGGCAGCAGUGUGCCGCUGUAGUCAGCCGCUGUCAGGGUUCAGUGGACGCUGUCAAGAGGACGAGAUGAUGCUUCAGGCUGUGAUGAAGUCCAACCCUGGCAGUGAAUUCAUUUAUGUGGUGGACACAAGGCCCAAGCUGAAUGCCAUGGCAAACCGAGCUGCAGGUAAAGGCUACGAGAACGAGGACCACUACACCAACAUCAAGCUGCAGUUCAUCGGCAUCGAAAACAUUCACGUGAUGAGGAGCAGCCAGCAGAAAAUCAUUGAUGUGGGUGAGAUGAAAGCUCCAUCGAUGACUGACUUCCUGUGGGGUCUGGAGAACUCUGGCUGGCUGAAACACAUAAAAGCUGUACUCGAAGCUGGGGUCUUCAUAGCCAGGGCAGUUGCUGAUGAAGGGGUCAGCGUGCUGGUUCACUGUUCAGACGGCUGGGACAGGACGGCUCAGGCCUGCUCCGUAGCCAGUGUACUGUUAGACCCGUUCUACAGAACCAUCAAAGGACUCAUGGUGCUAAUAGAGAGAGACUGGGUUUCCUUUGGUCACAAAUUCUCCCACAGGUAUUCCCACCUGGACGGAGAUCCCAAAGAGGUGUCCCCGGUCAUCGAUCAGUUCCUGGAGUGUGUGUGGCAGCUGUCCGAGCAGUUCCCGUGUGCCUUUGAGUUCAACGAGCGCUUCCUCACCGCCAUACACACACACGUCUACUCUUGUCAGUACGGGACCUUCCUCGGAAAUUGCCAGAAGGAACGCAGAGACCUCAGGCUUCAUGAACGGAGUCACUCUGUGUGGCCUCAGCUGUGGAAGGACCGGGCCGAGUACAUCAACCCUCUUUACAAGGCCGAGCUGAGCCAGAGUCAGGGUGUCCUGAGGCCCAAUACCACCCCCUACUGCUUCAAGAUGUGGAAGGGACUUUAUAACCACGUGGAGAAAUCUACGCCUCCUCGUCAGACACCUUCAGACUACCUGACUGCAGUGAGGGAGGAAUCCCAGCAGCUGGAGGAGGAGCUGACCAAUCACCAGGAGAGGAUCGCAGCCCUGACGGGGAAGCCAAUCACGUGGGAGAAGAUCGAGGUUCCGAGGAGGAGGACUAGUCACCUGUGGCAGAAACACUGCGGGCCGGACCCGCCCACCAAUUACACACACCCGAUCACCAGCUGUGCACAGGACAACGACCAGGCCCUCUCUAAACCAUUCAAUCAGAACGCUCAGACCAAGGACCCCGCACUCACCCUGCCUCUCGGGUUGUACACACAUCUCAAAGGUCAGGACACCGAUGACCUCUCUGCCUGCAGUGACCUGGAGUCUGGGGUGGCCGACCUCAGCAGCCGCUCUUCCAGUGGCGGGUACGAAAGCAAGGACUCUGACCCAAAUGAGACCGCCUUCAUUUCUGCCUGACUGGAAUAAAAGGGGAACCCUGCUGUCUGGCUCUUACAGUUCCCCCCCAAGAAAUCUUUCUUCAUGCACCUGGAGGAGAGGCUGUGAGCAGGUAAAGAUGGCUGCUGACUGACUGACUGAGUCUGUUGGAGUUAUUCUUUUUUUUUUUAGUCUAAAGGGAACCCUUGCUGUUUGUUAUCAGUUCAGCUGUUUGAUGAAGGCACUAAAGGACGCUACUUGAGAAUGUUUUUUUUUUUUUUUUCCUUUUUUGUUUUUGCAGAAAGGUUGCUAUUUUUUAUACGUGUAUGCUGCUUUUAGGCACAAUUCCAUCAUUUGUACUCGGUGUAACAAAUGCACAGUUGCCACGCUGAGAAGGAUGAAUGUGACAUGAAAGCAGCCUGAUUAUGUGCAGGGAUAUUUUCUUGUCUUUAAGCAAGAGAGUGGUCUUUCAGUUUGAGAGCAUGAAAUGUUGUCAUGCUUUCCCUCAAAACCCUGCUCACACACUCAAACAGUCCUCUGGAUUUCUUCCAUUUUUAAAGGGUCGAUGCGCAAAAAAGUGCACAGAAGCAUUUCAUGUGCAAUUAAAAGGC